CUUGUAAAAAGCAAGUUAUUAAUUUAAUGUACUUGGAAUGUUUUCCACACUGGCUGUUUUAUUGUUGUUUGUGUCUUCCCCCUCCAGUUACAGGAAUGUGCUUGAAGUGAUUAUUGCCACCAUGUUCUCACAGCACUCACAGGAUCUGUUAAAGGUUGCAAAUCUUCAUCUCCGGAGUCUGAAUUUAAGUCUACGUUUACAAAACCACAGAAGAGCUUUCAGCAAGUCACUGCCUGCAUGUCGAAGGAAAGUAGUGGUUACAGGUAUUGGCUUAGUGUCCCCUCUUGGUGUGGGGACUCAGUUUGUGUGGAAGCACCUUCUUGAAGGAGGCAGUGGGAUUACAUCACUAGAUGGGGAAGAAUAUGCAGGCAUCCCAUGUAGAGUGGCUGCUUGUGUGCCAAGGGGAAAAAAGGAGGGUCAGUUCAGUGAAGAAAGCUUUGUGUCAAAGUCAGAGAUCAAAUCCAUGAGUUCUGCCACUGUGAUGGCCAUCGGUGCAGCAGAACUAGCAAUGAAGGACUCCGGCUGGUCUCCCCAGUCUGAACAGGAUCGCUUAAGUGCCGGUGUGGCAAUUGGGAUGGGAAUGGUUCCACUGGAAGAGAUUUCUGACACAGCUGCCUUAUUUAAAACAAAGGGUUACAAUAAGGUCAGCCCGUUUUUUGUGCCAAAGAUUUUAGUCAAUAUGGCAGCAGGCCAUAUCAGCAUUAAGUACCAACUGAAAGGGCCAAAUCACGCUGUGUCAACCGCUUGUACCACAGGCGCACAUGCAGUUGGAGACUCCUUUAGGUUUAUUGCUGCUGGUGAUGCUGAUGUCAUGUUGGCUGGAGGGACUGAGGCUUGCAUUAGUCCUUUGUCUUUGGCUGGAUUCGCAAGAGCUCGGGCCCUCAGCACGAGUUUUAACUCGAGCCCUAAAACAGCCUGUCGACCGUUUGAUUCGAAGAGAGAAGGGUUUGUAAUGGGAGAGGGGGCUGCUGUGCUGGUCUUGGAAGAGUAUGGACACGCCGUACAAAGAGGUGCUAGGAUCUAUGCCGAAGUUUUAGGUUAUGGACUGUCUGGUGAUGCUUGCCACAUAACAGCACCUAAUCCAGAGGGAGAUGGUGCGUUCAGGUGUAUGUCUGCAGCAAUAAAAGAUUCUGGGAUCAAACCUGAAGAUGUAACAUAUGUCAAUGCACAUGCAACUUCUACACCUCUAGGAGAUGCUGCUGAGAAUCAAGCAAUCAAGAGACUUUUUAAAGAUCACUCACGUAAUAUUGCGGUUUCCUCAACAAAAGGAGCAACGGGACAUCUCUUGGGGGCUGCAGGAGCUAUUGAAGCAGCUUUUACUGCACUGUCCUGUUACCAUGGAAUUUUGCCACCUACUCUAAACUUGCAGAAAACAGAGGCAGAGUUUGAUCUCAAUUACGUUCCAUUAACUGCUCAGGAGUGGAAAACUGAAAAACGGCGUAUAGCACUCACAAAUUCGUUUGGCUUUGGUGGUACUAAUGCAACUUUGUGCUUUGCAAGUGUUUAACUUAUGCUGAGAAUGUUGAGCAAAAAUGGCAGCAGUGAUGAUUUUCUGUACUUCCACCCUUGGUGUGUACUGUAAUCUUUUCUCAUCUUUGAGAGUUGCUCAUUUGAUACAUAAGAACUUUAUUCACUCUAAAAUUUACAUCAGUAAUUCUUUUAGAAAGAGGGAACUUCUUUUACUCAUUUUAAUAAAAAUAAAUAAAAGAUCUAUUUUUUGUGUGGUGAAGAAGAUUUUGUUCUUGACUAGAACAGGAGACAUUGUGAUUAAACUUCAUUAGGAUAGAUUUUUGUAUGUGUGUGACACAGAAAUUGUUCAGAAACAUUUAUGCAAAAGAGAUGCUGGCUAACAAGCUAGAACUCCACACUUGGUGACUUAACUGCUUGAUGAUACAAGCAGUUAUGACUGAGCUCCCCUUUGUUACCCCCUCCAUAUAUAAUUCUGCCUUUUUCUUCAUUUUACGUUGUCUCAAAUAUCAUAGAUUUUAUGUGCAUUCUU